AUGCCUAUAUCACUGCUUCCUCCCGAGAUUCUUUCCGGCAUCUUCACCUUUUUAUCGGACUCAGAUGUCUUCUCUGGUCGACUCAGCUGCAGGCAUCUCGAGAAUGCCUCGUUUGCUCACUUUGGGAAGCGUUUCUUUCGCAAGAAGGGCUAUUUGAUCACAACGCCUAGUUUGAACGUUCUUCAAGAAAUUGCGGCACAUCCAGAGCUCAGAAAGUAUCCCCAGCAUGUGUGGUUCAAUCCGGACUGCUAUACUUUCGCGCGACCGGCAUGUGUCCCUCAGAAGUUUGGUGGUGGCAUGAAUAUAGACUCCGCGGAAGAUUCAGAUGUGUCGGAGACAGAGAGCUCGCAUGUUGUCGCUCCCACCAAUAAGCUGAGUGGAAAGCAGUACGCCGCUUAUCAAGAUUGCGUACGCGACCACGGCACACUUCUCCGUGGGAGCCGGUUGACAGUGGAGCUCACCAAGGCAUUCCGGAAUCUGCCCAACCUUCAGACUUUAGGCAUGCGGCGGAGUGAGGAUUACAGUCCGUACGGCUGGACAAUACUCGAGAAGGCUAUUGGAGAGGAUCCUCGUGUACUCGGUCCGAUACCCGGAAUCCACCCAUAUACACUCUCAGACUCAACCUACCUGCUCAUCGCCCUUCUUAAUGCCCUUGCCGCUUCCAAUGUGAAGAUACAGCGUCUAUAUACUGACGCUGUGGAGGUCGACAACAUCAAAUUCGAUGAUCUGACAUCUGAAACUCUGGAGGCUGCUUGUUCCUCCAUCCUGUACAUCGAAUUAAAUGUAGUGAAAGCCUGGAUCAGGUAUCGAGUCCCCGGUCCUCACCUUAGCUUUCGCACAGACUAUGAACCUGGCUCUGGUCUUGCUCGCCUGCUCGCGGCCACUCCAAAACUCAGGGAACUAGGCUUACAGAUCUUCCGCGAUAGAAAGCAAUCCCACCUUGUUCCGCCCAGAGCUCGAGAUCCCAGCAGCUGGAGAGAAAGUUAUCCGUUCCUAGCUCUGUCAUGCAUCUCAAGCCACACAACAUUCGCCUUUCUCACCCGUAUCAAACUGGAGAAGGUGACGUCCACCUCCCUCCUACUGCAAUCGCUCUUCGAACCCUGCGCAACCAAGUUAACAAGCAUCAAAAUGCGUGACAUCCGUCUACUGUCCUCGGAUGUAAAGACUGAACCUCGGCCUUGGGGUACACUGUUCUCCUGGCUGGCAGAGUUCUGUCCGAACCUCGACUACAUUCUCUUCUACCACAUCCUACAUGACGACGGUGGAGUGAGCUUCACACCCGACCCACCACUUGCCAAUUUYGAUGAGACCGAAGAGAUCAGUUUCUUAAUCGAUCAUGUGCCGCCUUCACAUGGUGGUCAAGCGGUGUUUUCAAAGUACGAGCAUCUCAACAUGGAGGUUAGUGGUAGGGAAGAGGUCGCGAGAAGGCUCAAGGAUGUGGUGGAGAGACACUUCUACCACAAACCACUAUUCAGCUAUGCCAUGGAUGAAGCAUUGUGGCAUACUGAUACUUCGGAUGAGGACUGRUGA